UCUUUUUUCUGAACCUUCUUUGCUUUGGUUUCCUGGGUUUUGAUUGUUAGGCUUAGAUUUCAAUGAAACAGUGCUUCUUCUGCUGUCGGCUCUGUCUUUGACUUUCAGGAAAAGGGUGAUUUUAAGUGGGAAAACUGGAAACAAAGAUGGAUUGGAGUAUGAACAAUGCCUUCAAGACAUACAAAGCAGAUAUGCAACCCAGAACUAUGAUGGAUCUGGGACUGAUUUCUAACAUUGAUCCAAUAGAUAUCGAACUCGAUUCUUCGGAAAAGGGAAAUAUUGCUUCCACGUCUAAACCGAGGAAGAAGACGCUGACAUCGGUUUACCUAAAGUAUUUCGAGACAGCUCCCGACGGUAAAACUCGAAGGUGCAAGUUUUGCGGGCAGAGCUAUUCUAUAGCAACUGCAACAGGCAAUUUAGGAAGACACCUUAAUAAUCGGCAUCCCGGAUAUGAUAAGAUAGGGGAGAACGUUGCUAGUCCAGCUCCGUCGCCUGCCACCACCGUGAUCAAGAAAUCGCAACCGCAAGGGAGAGCACCUCAGGUUGAUUAUGAUCAUCUGAACUGGUUGCUUAUUAAAUGGCUCGUUUUAGCUACACUUCCUCCUUCAACCUUAGAGGACAAGUGGUUAUCGAGUUCGUUUAAAUUUUUGAAUCCAUCGAUACAACUGUGGCCGGGUGAGAAGUACAAGGCAGUGUUUCGUGAAGUUUUCAGGAGCAUGAGAGAAGAUGUCAGAGUUUCUUUGGAACAAGUUUCUUCCAAGGUCUCAGUCACCCUUGAUUUCUGGACUUCAUACGAACAAAUCUUUUAUAUGAGCAUUACGUGUCAUUGGAUCGAUGAGAAUUGGUCGUUUCGAAAGGUGCUUCUCGAUAUAUGUCAGGUACUUUAUCCCUGUACAGGUUCUGAGAUAUAUAACUCCCUGGUAAAGGUUCUUAGGAUGUACAAUAUAGAGAAUAAAGUACUCUCCUGCACCCACGAUAACAGUCAGAAUGCUAUCCGUGCUUGCCACUCUUUAGAGGAGAACAUCAAUGGUCAUAAAGUUGGGCCGUUCUGUUAUAUCCCUUGCACUUCUUGUACAUUGAGUUCGAUUAUAGAUGAUGCGUUGAGAAUGGCAAAACCCAUUAUUUCGAAGAUCAGGGAAUUCGUGCAAGAGAUGAAUGCAUCGGUGGAUACCUCGGAGGAGUUCAUUCAAUUAGCAACAGCUUACCAAGAAGGUAGUUGGCAAUUUCCGCUUGAUGCUUCAGCAAGGUGGAGUGGCAAUUACCAAAUGCUUGAUCUUGUUCACAAGGCCGGGAAGUCGAUGGAUGCUGUUGUCAGGAAAAAUGAGGAUAUGCUGGGAAGCGGGAUGUUACUGAAUGCUGCGGAGAAGAAUGUCAUCAAUAUCGUUCACGAUUACUUGGAGCCCUUCUACAAAGUCAUCAACGAGAUAUGUGUAAACAAGUACCCUCCUACUAUCGGGAUGAUUAUUGUCUACAUGGAUCACAUUUCGGAUACAAUUGCAACUCGACAACCACCGGACUGGCUAAAGAAUUCUUCUGAAGAAAUGUUCAAAAAGCUCAGAAGUUACAACGAUCAGGUUUGCAAUAUGUUCAUCUACAUGACAGCCAUUCUCGAUCCCCGAAUUAAAUGUGAACUCAUACCCGAGAGUCUCAACUUGGAAAACUAUCUAGAAGAAGCAAGAGCCCAUUUCAUUAGAAAUUAUUGUAGCAAUAAUUUUUCAUCCAUGACAAGUGGAUACUCUGCUCAAGAUAUUGACAAUGGAGCAAGUGUUUCUUUCGCUGAGGAAAUCGCUCGAAAAAAGCGAAGAGCGAGCAUGAACAAUGCUACCGAUGAGCUCACUCAGUACCUUUCUGAGUCUCCAGCUCCUACAAAAACAGACGUUUUGGAAUGGUGGAAGGUCAACAGUACACGUUAUCCUCGGCUCUCCACAAUGGCUAGAGACUUUCUUGCUGUCCAAGCAACUUCAGUGAAACCCGAGGAACUAUUUUGCAACAAAGGCGACGAGAUCGAUAAGCAACGUUAUUGUAUGCCACAUGAUAGUACACAAGCUAUACUAUGUAUCAAGUCAUGGGUUGAGGGAGGUCUCAAGUUAAAGUAUAAAUCAACCGAAAUUGACUACGAGAGAUUGAUGGAAUUGGCAGCUGCUGCAACCACAACUAAUAGCCCAACUGGUACUGUUAAAAGGCAAAAGUGAAAUAGAAGGUGGAUCUGAAAAUGGUUAAAUUAUUGUGAUUAACUGAAUUCUCAUCAUUUGCUUCUUAAUGUUGUCUGUAUGAUAACGGAAAUCAUAUAUUUACAUAUAUAGUUCA